AUGCAAUAAAGAAAUAUGUGUAAUAUCAAAAUCUCUCUCUCUCUCUCUUUCAACCUCUCUGGUUCCUAACGUACAGUACCACACGGCGGCUCCUUCUUCCCCACCGUUCCAUAUCUCCGGUUAUUCUUCUUCUUCUUCUUCUUCUUCUUCUUCUCCUUAGUCAAUGGAGGAUGGAACUCAAGGGAGUAUAAAGCUCUACAGGUGCAGCAGUGGUGAUGGUGAAUCGGAGAAUGAUGUGGUUGAUUUGACAAGUCAAGUACACCUUCUGCCUUGUAAUAUCAAGUUCGACGGCCCUUGCUCUGUUGCUGAUUAUUUCAAACCCAAAUCCACUGGUGUGGAAAUUGAGGGACUAAAAUUAGAGGAAGCUCAUUUCAGAGGAAGGAAGCUGCAGGGGACUACACUUUCUCUUCCAGAAGGGUACUCUGGAUUUGUUUUGGGAAAGAGGGGACUAGGGAAGAGAAAAGCUUCCAGCAUGGUUGGAGAGGAUUCAAACUGUUGGGAAAUGAAUGCAAAGUUUAAAAAUUUAACAUAUUGGAAACACGAUAGCCUUCCCUCACAUCAAGAUACAUUCGUUCGUUCUUUUCACUGGCUUGCUGUUGCAAAAGCUAUGCAUCAGCCGGUUGAAGCUGAAGAUUUGGUUUCUGCUUCUGUUGCACUAGAGAAGAUGAAGUAGAAGAACUAGACACCUUCUAUAAUUUGGUACUUUUGUCUGAAUUGCUGUGUUAGUAGUGUUAUGACAAGCCCUUCAAUGUUCUCAGAAAUUAAUUAAUGAAAUUCUUGUUUGAAUUAACUAUUUGUAAUUCUGAUUUAAUUCUAUGUAUUAAUGUUAAGACAACAACACUAAUUUGUUAAUAGUAACAGAUGUGCCAUAUAUAAUAUAUUCCAUUCAUUCUCUUUCA